AUGCAUCUUGCAGCCCAUACUUGGAUGCGUAAUGAGCCUCUCGAAACCAGCCUUGCACGGCUUCAGAAGCUCGGAUACCAAGGUGUGGAGCUACCAGGCGAGCCCGAGCAGUAUCCGAUUCAAGAGACGCGACGUUUGUUAGAGCAAUAUGGCAUCAAAUGUUGGGGCACUGUGACCAUGCAGCGAGGCAGGAGGAAUCUGAUCGCUGCAGACAGUCAGCAGCGACUUGAGACUAUCGAAUAUAUGAAAGCUGUUGUGGAACUAUCGGCUGGCCUUGGGGGACAGAUUGUCACCGUUGUGCCUGGACAUUGCGAAACUACCUCCUCUCAAUCGAAGCCGGAAGACGAGUGGAAAUGGGCUGUUGAGGGCCUACGUGAGGUUGCAUCGUUUGCUAAGGCACGAGGCGUGAGAGUCGGGUUAGAGGCACUUAAUCGGUUUGAAACAUUCUUCCUCAACCGGGUUGAGCAAUCUCUUGCCCUAGCUGACGAGGUUGGGUAUGAUGUUGGCAUCAUAUUUGAUUCAUUCCACAUGGCAAUCGAGGAGCCAGAUCUCCUCACGGCAAUACGCGCCUGUCACUCUCGUAUAGUUGACUUUCAUGUCGCUGAUAACAAUCGAUUAGCCGCCGGCGAUGGGUCCUUCCACUGGAAGAGUAUCAUGCAGGCUUUGGUAGAAGCUGGGUACGAUGGGGGUCUGACCGUGGAAUGUUUCCCUCCGGUUGACCGAACGCCAGUUGGAGACUUUGGUUCGAGGCAGCUCGGAAACGAAGAUGAUCCUAACUCGGGCUUGCUUUCAGACAGCUACUAUACCGAGUUGCUGAGACGCUCGGCAAAGGCAUUAGCACCAUACGUACGAACCAACUAG